CAAGAGCAGUCUUGAUGAUAGCUGUUCGAGAAAAUAACCACAGUUUUAUUGCGAUGCUUGAUAAGUAUAUAGAUAAUUGUAAUGAGUUAUCAUCUAAUAGUGACACAGCUUCGAGUAGUGAAAGUGAUGAUAAUCAUAAUGGAACUGAAAAAGGAAAGUUAAAUUUAAGCGAGCUAAUGAAUCCUCAUAAACGUAAGGGUAAAG